GGAAUUGACGACGAGUCUGAUUGGCAUGGCUUUCAAGUGGUGUUACUAGUAGCCCUGUCAUGUUUAUUUGGUUUAGCAAUAUCCUUCUUUGAAUUUUCUUGCCGUAGAACGAUCUCUGCAGUAGGAUUUACUGUUCUUGGCAUUGUGAACAAACUUUUGACAAUAGUGAUAAGUCUAGUUAUAUGGGAUAAACACUCCAAACUUAUCGGAACACUGGGGCUGUUGAUCUGCAUGUUUGGUGGCGUCAUGUACCAGCAGUCCACAACCAACAAGCCCAAGGCCAUGAAAGAUGUAAAUCCACAAGUAUCUGAUGAGGAGGAGCAACACAAGCUGCUUGAAAUGCAAAGCAACAUGCAGGGCAGUGACAAUCAGAAGCAAGGUACAUAA